CUGUUGCCAUAGCAGCAGGCGGCUGCGCGGGCGCGUCCGUCUCCGCUGCCGCAUCUCUGGACAAAAUCCUGGCGCGGCCCGGUGGCUCCUCUGUUGCCCAGAGGCCUCAGCAACAUGGCGCACCUGCUGGGCCACGCCGGCUGCAUGGACAGCCUGCGGGCCGACCUGAGGGACCUGCAGGCAGCCAUCGCCGACGUCUCCUCCCGGGCCGGGGCCGUGCGUUUCCCCUCCUGGAAGUUCCCCGAUAAAGUGUCCUGUGACCUGGACCUGGCGGCACUGCUGGAGCGGUACUGCUACACUGAGAACGACCCCGAAUUCACCCAGCACUCCCAUGUGGUGCUGCUGGAGCUGGUGAUAGACAGGCUGCUCCUGCUGCUUCAGAGCUUCACGGGCUACACAGAAAACCUGCUCAGUGCACGAGCCAUCCCCCCAGCGCAGACAGUGGGACCCUGCAUGUCCAUGGGGCUGACAGUGAGGAAGUACUGGUUCAGCAUGCUGAAACUGGGGGCCUUCUACCAGCAGCUCCUGGCUGAGAUGAGUUCCUGGCUCAUGACCCUCCAAGUGCUGACCCAUGUGUCAGACAGGCCACAUCUGUCCCACACUGUCUCCUCUCUGCCUGAGUCCCUUCCCUCUUCUGACCACCGCUCCCAGCUGUGCUACUGGAUCCAUCCUCCCCCAGGCCUCCACCAGGAUCUCAGGAUGGUUAAGUCUGGUUGCCUUUAUUGCUUGGAAUAAUAUUCUCCUGCCAGCAUGCUGCCUGUGCAGCUCUGCCAACCCCACUAUUUAUGGAGCUGAGCUGGCUCAAAUCAGUAAAUAAUUUGUGAUAAAAGUGAAAUAAUUUGUGGUAAACAAACUAUGCCCCUCUCCUGCUUUUUUUUUUUUUUUUUUCUUCCCCAGAAUGAUCCUUCUCAUGGAAAAGUCUCACAAUAAUUCAUCUAGCUCAACCAGGAGAUAGUGCAGGAGGUGUGAAGGAAAGGACAGAGCAGGUUUAACUGCUGAGGCUUCCUGUUGUGAAACCACAGCUCCACUAAAACAGUGGUGACUGCCUGGCAGCUUGUAAAAAUUCAAUUCCCUUGUACCCCGCAUCAGGAAGUGGGAAGCAAAUUCAUUUUUCUUGUUAGCCAUGUGUUUCGGUUGUAAUGGAGCAUAGUAAACAGGGAACUCAAGCGCUUGUCCACCUCCAAGCUCUGGGAACUUCUGUCCUCCCAAGAGGAGGGUUCACUGCCCUCAUUGCACCUUGCCUGUGCUGAUGCCUUGUCCCCAUGCUUCACACCUCUGUAUCUGGCUCUUAUGGAGCACCUCCCCUGUGAGGACAGGCUGAGAGAGUUGGGCAUGUUCAGUCUGGAGAAGGCUCCAGGGAGACCUUAGAGCAGCCUCCC